UUAAAGGAGCGCGUAACCGCUUAUCGCACUAUAGUACAAAGUUAUCUGAGGAGAGUGAGCGUGAUCCUUCCGUGAUCUUUCCGAACGUGAACGACAUCCUGGAUUCGAUUCAUUCUUUUAAGCUUUGGUCGCCGAUUAGCGAGUGUUUCGAUUCAGAGCAUAGACAUCUAACAUGGGAGAAAGCAUAGCAGAUCCCUCCACCUCUGCCCGGUGGUCAGCGGCAAUGCAAAGUGAUAAGAUCGUCCCCCAGUGGAGCCUCAGACAGAGUUGUCUGUGUACGGUUAAGGAUUCCAUUCUCGGAUGGAGCCGUGGUCGAAGGAACAGCGUGAGUGCACAAUCAAGUGACGAGAAUCCGUUCUUGGAGUAUCCGAUCGACCUCAGACAUGAACUUCUCAACCACCUGUUGCGACUAAAACCAACCGGCAGAGAGCUUCUGAAAGCUGCUGAACUUCUCGUAUCGUCCGGUAUACCAUCCUUUGACCUGAGCUGUUUGGAUGACUGCAAAUUCAAAGAUGUGUGCACUGUCUUAGAAAUUCUCACCAGGACUGGUGCAUGCUUGAGAGAACUCAUCCUUGCUGGACAGUGGAUGUUUUAUGACGUCAGUGGUUCAUUAGUGAAACAAAUAUUGGAAUCAUGUCCUAAUCUUCGAUACUUAAAAUUGCAGCAUACCACGAGAGAUGGUCAUGAGUUAGAAAUCGCUCUCAGGCACUGCCCGAAACUGCAAAGAUUGGAGAUCAUGCAUCCAUCUGUCGACUUGGUAGAUAUUGAAAACCUUGGUAAUACCAUGCAAAAUAAUUCGGCUUUCGACAGUGUUCGAGAGAGCUUGAUUGAGGUGAGGUUACCUUCAUCUGUGAAUGGCCAAGGUGUUUUGAAGCUUAUGCAAAUACUGCCAAAUCUGCAAUACAUUUCGUGUACUUACCUUGAUCAAGUGAUAGACGAGUUAGAAGAAACCGAAGACUCAGCUUCCUGGCGUGAAAGAACAUCAAGUAUCCGAGGUUUUCAUGUUUCCCUUCCAGUGUGUGAAGACACUGCAGAAUUGGUAGUGGAAUGGUUUCCUAACUUGGAAGAAAUUUCUCUGGAAGUGCAAGAAGACAUGGAUCUUAAACCUCUCGCAAAGCUGUCGAAACUAAGAUCUUUAGAACUGAAGAACAGUCCUACUAUUCCAAUUUCUUACAUGGACGAAGUGCUUCCUCUUCUUGCCGCUUGUGGUAAAAAGCUUGUUAGUCUAAGCUUAGAAAGGUUCGACCUCAUCGACCUUGCCAAAACAGCUACUUAUUGUCCAAAUCUUAGGUCUUUCAGUGCCCAGUGGUUUACUAUUCUUAGUACAAGCAUGGGGAGAGGUGGUAAGAAACAAUUCCUUAACCUUCGAUAUCUUCGCUUAAGACCGAGGGUUAGUAGAAAGGUGACUCCAGAAGCCUGUGAAAUUCUUCUUACCCACAGCCAGUGCCUUAAGCAUCUGGAAUUCUAUUGCAGCUAUGGACUAACGGACAGUUUAGUUAACAAACUUCUCAAAACAAAUAAAUUCACGCUGUUGAGGACUCUGCUGUUAAGACAUGGUCACGGUUUAUCUUCAAAUGGAAUCUUGCAACUUACCAGAGCAGCACAAAAUCUUCGUGUGUGGGAUGUAGGUAUGAUCUAUUCCAAACAGUCUAAUACAUGAUGUAACAUGUUUUUUAAAACUAUCUUCAUUUAUGUGGGUUAAAAUAGAAGACCAUUCGAAACUAGUCAACAAGAGAAAUAACACUGCCAAAGAAAGUCAUUUGGUUUUUAUGUUAGUCAUUUCGUGAUGAAUUACUGUGUGAAAGUUUUCGAAAAUAAUUUAACUGUUGUUUACAGGAACAAAUAUGUGUAAAAUGUGUAGUGCAAUCGUGCAGUACUGCAAAUGGAAAAAAAUCAAAUAUACGUGAAGUCAAGAAAUUGUAUAAUUUUAAAAAUGUUGCUGAAAAAUUGGGAUUAUACACCUUGUUUCUAUCAUCUGAUUGUAUUUUCCAUUUUUUAAAUUGGAGUGCAUUUUUGGACUGAAUUUAUGAAUAUGUUUAGUUUAAUUUUUUGCAUUUUAAAACGUAAAUAACCGGUGAUUUAAUUUUACAUAAUGUUAAGAAUUUCUAAACAUGUUUAUAAGUAUUUUGUGCCUUAAUAUUUAGUGAAUAUAAAUUACCAAAAGUAAUCUGAAUAAUAUACUCGAUUACAAUAUAAACAAGCUAUGACUUGAAAAGAAGGUUCAUUGAGUAAAUAUGUAUUGGAUAAAUAACAUAAAUUUUCUAAAAAAAAUGUGCCUUAAAUGAAAACUGAUUGCAAACAUAUGUUGAAACAAAUUGUGUAUUGUACGAACAAUUGAUGAAUUUUGUUAAAUAUUUUAUACUUUUGAAAUUCUUAUUUAUUAUUUAGUUUUAAAGUAAUCAUAAUUUAAAAUAUAACUUUUUAAUUAAACUGCAUAAAAUAUCUUAUGAGUAUUUAUGUAUUGGAAGUCAAGUUAUCUCUGUUAAUUACUUUCAGAAAAGUAUCUUAAGAGUAAUUUUAAGAGUGAUGUGCAAUAUGGCGAAUAAUAUUUUAAUGCUCAGUCUGUCUUAAUAAUAUUGCUUUGAAUGCAAACCUAAAUUCUUUUUUCCAAAAUGCAAUUAGAAUCUGGAAUAAUAUACAUAUCGUAAAUGUUAUAACAGAUAUUUUGGAAAUACACAAUUUUAAAUAAGUAUUUUUAUAUGAAAAUUUUGAUAGAACUAUUUCAUUUUAUAUAAAAUGUUUACUCUGAAUAUUUCAAUUUUAAAUGAAUCUUAGAGCUCAUUUGUUCAUUCCAUAAAUUUGCUCAACUUUUUUUUUAAAUUUGUAAUUACCAUUAUUUAGAAUAUUUUUUGAUAAACAUUCCUCUGAAAUAUCUUUGUAUUUUGAAGCUCAUAAACCAUAAUAGUUUUAAAAAUAACUACUAGGAUUAUUUAAAAUAUUGUAAUGUUUUGAGACUGAAAUGAAAACAAUAUUUCAUAUAUCAUACAUUGUUACGCCCUGUAACCAUUAUUUGUAACCAUUAUUUAGAAUAAUUUUUGAUAAACAUUCCUCUGAAAUAUCUUUGUAAUUUGAAGCAUGUAAAACCGUAAUAUUUUUUUAAAAUAACUACCAGGAUCAUUUAAAAAAUACUGAUGUCUUGGGACUGAAUUUGAAACAAUUUUUCUUGUGUCUUGCAUUGUCACAUUCAAAGAAAUGUAUAGAGCCUUACAAUCCACUAGUGUGAUAGUGUGAUCUCUGUGAUAGUUUGAAGUGAAGUGAAACAUAAAAACACUCGUGCUGAUCGAAAAAUUGUCAUUUUAAACAUAUGUUGUUAUAAAUGACUCAAGCUUAAAGGUUUUUCUAUUAAAUAAUUUAUAAAAAAUA